UAGAAGUUUACCAUCAAAAGCUUGGAUUGCAUCCACCUUGUUUCGAUAUUUUUAUACCUUUACAGGGGCAAUUACAUAGGUACCUAAUAGAAUGGAUCAGGAUGAGUUGGUUCAAUUUUAUUUUCACUUGGGAUAAAGCCACAAGGAAUUGUAUGGAUGGCUGUGCUAACAUUGAACAAUAAUAUAACAGUCAGUGGUGAAAGCACCUUGAAAAGACAUCUCAGAAAUCUUGGACUGUAUAGUAGAAAAUAUUCAACAGAUCUUACUGAAGUAAUCCAGUUCCUUUCGUACUAAUACUGGUUAGAAGAGUGUUAGAAUUACUGCGAGUUAUUUAUAAUGAAACAGAACUACUCAAAGCGAAGUUAGACAUUCUCAGUAAAACUAACAUGAUUGAUUAUGCCAUUGAUAUCAGGAAACAGUUGUAUCCAGAUGAAGAGGUUCCAGAAGAUUUGAAACAGAGACGUAUUCAUGUUGUAGCACAACUCCAAGAAUUACAACAGGAAGUUGAGCCGAUUUUACAAAUCAUGGGUGAUGAAGAAGUGAUGAAGAAUAUGGAGAAUAUGAGAGAUUCAAAAACCCUAGUUAACUUUUUAUCAAAAGAUUACAAGUUUGAUUUGGACAUGAUUGAUAGUCUUCACAAAUUGGCAAAGUAUAGAUAUGAAUGUGGUAAUUACUCUGUUUCUACCUCUUACCUAUACUUCUGUAUGCUGGUUCUUCCACCAAAUGACACAAACUAUCUGAGUGCUCUAUGGGGUAAAUUUGCUUCAGAGAUUUUGUAUCAAAAUUGGGACUCUGCUCUGGAAGAUCUGAACAAAUUAAGAGAGUACAUUGAUUCCAGCCCAAACCAGUUUGGGGGCAACAGUUUGCAACUACUUCAACAGAGAACAUGGUUGAUUCAUGGUUCUUUGUUUGUGUUUUUCAAUCAUGCAAUGGGUAGAGAGCUGAUAAUUGAGAUGUUCUUGUACCGCCCUCAUUACCUCAACACUAUCCAGACUAUGUGUCCCCAUAUACUGAGAUACUUGGCAACAGCUGUCAUUAUUAAUAGAGGUAGGAGGUCUGCACUGAAGGAUUUAGUGAAAGUUAUUCAACAAGAAAGUUACACAUACAGAGACCCAAUCACUGAAUUUUUAGAACAUCUUUAUGUGAACUUUGAUUUUGAUGGAGCAAGACAAAAAUUGCAUGAAUGUCAGACAGUGUUAUCUAAUGAUUUCUUCCUCAUAUCCUGCCUGGAUGAGUUUGUUGAGAAUGCACGUUUGAUGAUAUUUGAGACUUUCUGUAGAAUUCACCAGUGCAUCAGCAUUGGGAUGUUGGCAGAAAAGCUGAACAUGAAUCCUGAUGAAGCAGAGUGCUGGAUUGUAAAUUUGAUCAGAAAUGCCAGACUUGAUGCUAAAAUUGAUUCUAAGUUGGGCCAUGUGGUGAUGGGAGCACAACCAAUGUCUCCUUAUCAACAGCUUAUUGAAAAGAUUGAUUCUUUGUCUGUGAGAUCAGAAACAUUGUGUGGAUUAAUUGAAAGGAAACUGAGGGCAAGGACUGAUAUUCGCUGGGGUAAUCAGGAUUUCUAAUAUCACAAUAUCUGUGAUAUAAUUAAAUGUAUUGCUUAUUUUUUAUUAACCAAUAAAAAUGUAAGUACCU